AUGGCGAGCCCUGUUGUCGGUAAGAAGAGGCUCAGCGAAGGCCUCACUGUGACGUCGAAGGUGUUUGUGAGGUCAAGAAACGGAAAUGCGUCCAAGAUUGUUAGGGAACACUAUCUGAGAAACGACAUUCCAUGUCUGUCAAGGGCGUGCCAGAGAUGUGGUGAGCUUGUUGCUCCGGACGCCAAUGGCCAGCUCCCAAAGUUCAUCUUGAGCCCUGAGCCGCUGCAACUGAAGGAGGUUGGCCGUCACUACGUCGUUGUCGAUACAAACAUCAUCCUCCAGGCCAUUGACCUGCUUGAGAACAACCAGAUCUUCUUUGACGUGAUUGUACCACAGACCGUUCUCGACGAGGUCCGCAAUAAGAGUUUCCCAAUCUACAACAGAAUCAGAACCCUGUGCCAGGAUAAUGAGAAGAGAUUCAUCGUGUUCCACAACGAGUUCUGUGAGGAGACCUACGUCAAGAGGUUGGACUCCGAAUCCAUAAACGAUAGAAACGACAGGGCCAUACGCCAGCUGUGUACGUGGUAUCAGGAGCAUCUACAGUCCUCUGGCAUCAACAUUGUUCUCGUGACCAACGACAGACUGAACAAGGAGAGUGCAGUGAAGAACAACAUCACCACAAAGAACUUGCACGAGUACGUUGAGCUGCAUCCAAACUGCUCAGAACUGAGAGAUUUGAUUCCUACUGAAGAAUUCAAACAGAGAGAAAAGGUUGAGCACUUCUUUGAAAACCAUUAUACAACCUCACGUAUACUUGGAGGGCUGAAGAACGGUACCCUCUACCAAGGAAGCGUCAACAUCUCAUCGUAUAACUUCCUAGAAGGUGAAAUUAAGGUGGCAUCGUUACCAAAGCCACUUUUGCUCAUUGGCUCUGCGAACCUCAACAGAGCCUUCAAUGGUGAUCAGGUCGUUGUGGAGCUGCUGCCUAAGUCGCAAUGGAAAAAGCCUUCAACCAUGAUCAUUGACGACGAGAAGCUCAAUACAAAUGAAGAUCCAAACAACGAGGAUACCCAGAUCUCCGACAGGGAACGUCGCUUGUUAACACAGGACGCCAUCGACACGCAGAAUGACUCAUCAGAGGUGCAACCAACAGGCCGUGUUGUUGGUAUUGUGAAGAGAUCAUGGAGACUGUACGUUGGACAAAUCGUUCAAAACUCCGUCUCCAAGAACACCUCUAACUCUGCCAAGUCAUGCUUUGUCAAACUGAUGGACAGAACUCUACCAAGAGUCCGUAUUAGAACUCGUCGGGCAAACGAACUGCUGGGACAAAAGAUUGUUGUUGCUAUUGACUCGUGGCCAACGACUUCGAACCAUCCAGAGGGUCACUUCGUCAAAUGCCUGGGUGAAUCAGAAUCAGUCGAAGCUGAGACUGAGGCCCUGUUGCUGGAGCACGAUGUUGAAUACAGACCAUUCUCCAAAUCCGUGCUGGACUGUCUCCCACCAGAAGGACACGAUUGGGUGGUUCCUAAAGACCUUGAAGACGCAGAAGUCUUGCGCAAGGAUCCCCUACUUCCAAAGAGAAAGGACUUCAGGGAUAAGCUUGUUUGCAGUAUCGACCCUCCAGGAUGUGUUGAUAUCGAUGAUGCACUUCACGCACAACAGUUACCAAACGGUAACUGGGAAGUUGGUGUGCACAUUGCUGAUGUCACGCAUUUUGUAAAACCAGGCACACCACUCGAUGCUGAAGGUGCCUCGAGAGCCACGUCUGUGUAUCUCGUCGAUAAGAGAAUCGAUAUGCUUCCAAUGCUCUUGGGUACUGAUCUAUGUUCGUUGAAGCCAUAUGUGGAGAGAUUUUCCUUCAGCUGUAUCUGGGAACUCGAUGAUGAUGCCAACAUUGUGAAUGUCGAGUUCAACAAGUCCAUCAUCAAGUCUCGUGAGGCGUUUUCGUACGAGCAAGCUCAGCUACGUAUUGAUGAUAAAUCUCAGCAGGAUGACUUGACAAAGGGCAUGAGAGCACUUUUAAGGCUUUCGAAGAAACUGAAGCAGAAGAGAUUGGAUGCUGGUGCUCUGAACUUGGCAUCCCCUGAGGUGAAGGUCCAUAUGGAUAGUGAGACAUCUGACCCUGGCGAGGUGGAGAUCAAGAAACUCUUCGAGACAAAUUCUCUCGUUGAGGAGUUCAUGCUGCUAGCCAACAUCUCUGUUGCUCGUAAGAUCUACUCCGAAUACCCUCAGACCGCAAUGUUGCGUCGUCACAACUCACCACCAGCAACCAAUUUUGAGAAGUUGAACGACAUGUUGAGGGUUCGUAAGAACAUGGCCAUCUCUAUAGAGUCAUCGAAGGCACUUGCGGACUCCUUGGACCGUUGUGUCGAUCCAAAUGAUGAAUACUUCAACACUCUGUUGCGUAUCAUGUCUACGCGUGCGAUGACUGCUGCUGAAUACUUCUCCUCUGGCUCGUAUGGAUACCCUGAGUUUAGACACUAUGGGCUUGCAGUUGAUAUCUACACCCAUUUCACCUCACCAAUUCGUCGUUACUGUGAUGUGGUUGCGCAUCGUCAGUUGGCUGGUGCCAUUGGUUACGAACCUUUAGACCUGGGACACCGUGACAAGUCCAAGAUGGAGACCAUCUGUAAGAACCUGAACAAGAGACAUAGAAACGCACAAUUUGCUGGAAGGGCCAGUAUCGAAUACUACGUUGGACAGGUUAUGAAGAACAAUGAGAGUGUUGAAACUGGCUACGUCAUUAGAGUGUUUAGUAACGGUGUUGUUGUUCUUGUUCCGAAGUUUGGUGUUGAGAGUCUGAUCAAGCUUGAUGAUUUGACAUCCCACGUUGAGAGUGUUAACUUCGAGGAAGACAAGUACCAGUUGACAUUCACCACGCAGGACGGUAAACAUCAGAGAACUGUUGCGGUGUUUGACCAAGUUAAAGUCGAGGUCAAGUCAAUAUUGGACCAAAGCGUUGGUAAACGGAAAGCACAGCUAGUCUUGUUAUAGAUGUCAUCAUAACGAAGCACGUGUCAUUAAAUGGUAUGUGUCUAGAGUGCAAUAUAUGUGUAGUUCUUUAGUUUGAUAUGUCGUUAAUGAUUUGAAUAUUUCUUCUCGUAUCUUUUCAUUUCAGAAAGCACGUACUCGUUAAACCGUGGAUAGUUAUCCAGGUAUAUAUGGUGACCACAGUUCUCCAUAACCAGGAACUCAGAGCUAUGUGCAGUUUGUGAGUUGAUGAUCUUGGAGCAUUCAACUCCUCCUUCCUUUGGCAUCCAAUCGUCAUCACCAUAGACCCAUGCUAUGUCACAGCUGGCGUUCUGGAUCUUAUCCACCAGUGGAACUUUGGCCACAGCUCCAGCACCCAAGAUCUGUGGCAUGUAGUACUCUCCUGAGCCUCUGG